AUGUGCUUGAAUUUCAUGAGUUGCAAUAGUAAAUUAGUGGAAGAGGAAAGGAGGGCACUUUUAGAGCUGAGGGACUCCCUUAACUAUCCCAAUGGCUCUGCUUUAAUCAGUGAAUGGAUUGGAGAAGACAAUUGUGCAUGGGCUGGUAUUUUUUGUGGCAGCGAUACGGAUAAUGAUUCACGCGUUCUUGAUAUUUAUCUUACCAUUAAAAGACAACUUGGACUUGGAAUAUGGUAUCCUGAUGCAACUUUGUUGACUCGUUUCACGUAUCUCCAGUCUCUCUAUGUAUCUGCAAUGCUAUUGGUAACUGGAUCAUGCCAGAAGGAAUUGGAUCUAAGUUUCAACCCUUUAAAUGGGGAUGCUCUGCCUCAUUUUCAAGUAUGCAGCCUCGCAUCUCUAGAACAGCUGCACCUUUCAGGGGUUUAUCCUAGUUUCCCUUUGCCACUGCUCAGAGCAUUGUGCGGACUGAAGGAUAUGCGGAGAUUAGAUCUAAGCAACAAUAAUCUUACAGAUGAUAGUAUGCCACAUUGCCUGUUUGAUGAUCUUUCAUACCUUGAAAGCCUUGACUUGUCUGGGAAUAACCUCAAGAAUUCCCAUCACAUUCUAUCAGUUUAA